AAUAUGAAUGAACAUAUCAAUUAUAUUAUAGUUCGUAUUAUAUUAUAGUAUAGUCUCGUCCUUUCUGUCUUCGCCACUAGAGGGACGAAAACACGAAUGUCUUCUCGCAAGUAGUAACUUGUCUGAAUUUUUAUAUAAUAAUCUUAAUGCUAGUCAUAAAAUCUAGUAUAAAUUAUUUUGAGAUAGGGAUAUAGUAGAUAUUAUAUUUUAUAUCAGGAAUGUCUACAUCAGACAAUCAGACUACAGACGUAUAAUCUUCUGACAAGUUAAUGAAAGCUUGAUGCAACAUGGAUUAUUUUCAACUUCUUUGCGUCAUUGGAGCGUUACUGUUCGCGAUUUAUUAUUAUCUCACUUUAACCUUUGACACGUGGAAAAAUCGUGGCAUACCUGGACCAAAACCUACGAUCUUUUUUGGCAAUUUCCAAGAAGUAAUCCUCAAGAAAAUAUCACUGGCCGAGAAAACGAAACAAUUGUAUCAAGAGUACAAGAACGAGUUAGUUUUUGGAAUAUUUCAAGGAAGAACUCCUAUUCUUGUUAUUAACGACUUGGAAAUGAUCAAGGAUGUUCUCAUCAGAGAUUUCAGCGUAUUCCCGGAUCGAGGAAUUCAUGUAAAUCCCAAGGUAGAACCAAUAUUUCAAACUCUCUUCUCGUUGAAAUCUAAAACGUGGCGACCGUUGAGAAUGAAGCUGUCUCCAGUGUUCACAUCAGGCAAAUUAAAGGAUAUGUUCCCCCUUAUACUGGAUUGCGCGAAAAAUUUAGAAGAAUUCGUAGAAAAAGUAAGGAAUAGCGGGGAACCGGUGGACUGCCGUGACAUGGCUGCAAAAUUCACGACCGACGUGAUUGGCAGUUGCGCGUUCGGGGUGUGCAUGAAUUCUCUUUCGCCCGAAGGGAGCGAGUUUCGUCGGAUGGGGGAACAACUUGGAAAAUUCAGCUUCAAAAAAUUGGCCAGAGAUUUCACCAGGCUGUAUAUGCCAUUCUUGUUCGAUAUAAUUGGCGGUUACUUACAAUCGCACGAGGUUAACAACUUCUUUAUAAAUCUGAUCCGUGACUCGAUCAAAUACAGACAGGAGAAUAACGUGUACAGGCCAGAUUUUGUCAACACGUUGAAAGAACUAAAGGAACAUCCGGAAAAAUUGGAAAAUAUCGAAUUAACCGAUGCGCUUCUCACUUCGCAAGCGCUCGUCUUCUUCCUCGCUGGAUUCGAAACAUCUUCGACAACGAUUUCAAAUGCUCUCUACGAGUUAGCUCAAAAUCCGGAAAUGCAAGAUAAAUUACGGAAAGAGAUAAAAGAAGUUUACGAGAAUAAUGGCGGGGCAUUGUCAUACACAGACGUGAAAGAAAUGAAAUAUUUGGACAAGGUGUUUAAAGAAACAUUGAGAAAGUAUCCAGUAUUGGCUGCACUGAGCAGACAAGCGACAGAAAAUUAUACGUUUAAAGACACUAAAAUUAAAAUAUCGAAAGGGACGAGGAUAUGGAUACCAGUAUAUGGAAUUCAACACGAUCCAAAUAUUUAUCCGGAACCUGAAGUAUUCGAUCCUGAAAGAUUCGAGGAUGAUGCUUUCGCCAGUAGGCAUCCCAUGACUUAUUUGCCAUUUGGCGAUGGGCCAAGAAAUUGCAUCGGUGCUCGUUUUGCUCAUUAUCAAAGCAAAGUGGGUCUUAUCACGAUUCUGCGUGACAACAAAGUUGAAGUUUGCGCCAAGACUUUGAUACCGUAUAAAUCGGAACCGCGAAAUAUCUUGAUGAUACCGAAAGGAGGAAAAGUAGAGUUGGGAAUAACGAAAGUUUAAUUAUUAACAUUUUUCAUAUUUAUCUUAAGAAGAAGAUAUUUUUUAAAAAAAAUGUUCAAGAAAAAACAAUCUAAUUGGGAUUUUUACAAUCUAAUUGGGAGAUCUUAAUUCGCAAUAAUUAAUAUUAAGACGAAUGUUUAACUGUUUAAAUGUAUUUUUCAUCUCGUUUUGUAUUUGCUGGAAAGUUCUUAGAAAAAAAUCUUUUUCGAAAAAUAAAUAGAAAUAUAUAAAUUGUUAUAA